ACAUUAAUUUUAUAACUUUAGUUUAGCGUAUUUCUUUCUUGAUAUAGGUUUAGAUUUAAGUUUUAAUUGUUCUAAUUAGUUAAAAUGAGCAUACAAGUAUGUAGGGACACAUCAGACGCUGUGGCUCUGUAUCUGCCACAGCGUUUGUAUCUCAAAUCGUAUUCAAAGCUUAACAUUUCUGUUCAGCUUCCCACCCACAAGGUACACGGGAAAUCGAUCUCCAAUUGGGAGUUAAUGGAAAAGUUGCGAAAAAUGAUCCAACCUGAUAAUUUUUCAAUGUUAAAAGUGUCGAAGCAUAGCUCGGAAGUGAUUAGGUUCGAAGCGGAAUUGGAGAGCCGGGGGAAGUUGGAGCGAGUGCUGGCGCGGCUGGAGGGCCGCAUCAUCCAGCUAAACGACUACCCCGACCCCUUGAAGGUCAGGGUUUCCGAAGUGAAGAUCGACUAUCCCUCCCGCCAUGCCUGGGACUCCUUCUUCAGGGACGCCACAGAUAUGGACGAGAUGAAACCGGGGGAAAGGCCGGAUACGGUGCACAUUAGAAACUUACCGAUCCGCUGGUUCGUCCACCACCGCGAGAGAGACGAUGACGCCCCACCGUCCGAGUCAAUAUUCAAGAAAUGUUUUGAAAAGUACGGCGACAUACGUCAAGUGGAUGUGCCAGCUUCAGAUCCUUUCAGAUUGCAAAUGAAGGAGGCUAUGAGAGGAAUAACGAUACCCCCUUCGGAGUCUGGGCUGUAUUUCGAAGGCUACGUCCAGUUCAAUGAGUAUGUCAGCUUUGUUCGAUGUAUGGAUGCACUACGAGGAAAAAAGCUGGUGAGAAAGAAUGACGAUUUAGCAGAGUGGUGUGCCAUUAAUGUUGAUUUUGAUAAAACAAAGCACAUGACAGAUGCCGCUGUUAAGAGGAGGGCUAUAGUCAGGGAGAGGCUGUUCUCUCGAAGGAAAGCUGUUGAGGAAGAGGAGAGAUUGGAAAAAGAAAGAAUUGCUAAGAGAGAAGCAAAAGAAAGAGAAAAACUGGAAAAAUCCGAAAAAGAGAAACUAGCGAAAAUGAAGGAGAGAGAAGAGAGAAGAAAGAAGAAGCAGCUAGCCAAACUCAUGGCGAGAGAUGACGUGGACCUCGCAAAGAAUAUCACGGACGAACAGAAGAGACUGUUGAAAGCACAGAAGAGAUUGCAGGCUGUGAGACUGAUAGAAGAAUUGUUUAAAAGAAUCGAGCUCCGUCCCGACCUCCAACGCAAUAAACAUAGCCGGGCGGAAGCGGGCGAGCGUGCUGCGCGCGCGCGUAUAGUCGACUCUGUACGACGACAACACGAGAGGACUUAUGAGGAGCAGAGGGAACGACUCAAGAGUGCAUUGGACGGACGCAUCAUAAUCCGUUCAGCGUUAGAAACUAAGAAGCCAAAACGGGAAUCCUCGGUCAGUUCGAUAUCAUCAGCGGAAUUGCCGAAACGAGUGAAGACUGAGAAGUUAACCACGCCGGAGAGGGAGAUGGAGUACAAUAGAGCUGCUGGAAUGUACCCCAUGGCGAACCCGUACGGUUUCGGGUACCCGUACGCCGCCGUGCCGCCGCCCGGUUAUCCCUUCCAAACGAUGUACUACGGCGGGCGCGGGUACAUGCCCAAUCCGAACUACGUGGCGUACGAGCCCCGGUACCACGAGCGACGUGGGCGCGGACGCGGACGAGGACGCGGGCGCGGAUCGCGGAUGCCGUACUUCGACGGACCGGACGCCAGCCAGCAGUAUUACCAAUACUUCAAGAAGCUGACAGAGAACGAGAGCCGCAAUGAGCACGACGACCGCUCCCGCCGCCGCUCGUACAGCCGCUCCCGCUCGCGCUCCCGCCGUCGGUCGUAUACGCGGUCUCGCUCCCGCUCGCGGCGUCGCUCGUAUACGCGCUCUCGCUCUAGGAGCCGACGUCGUAGCAGAUCCCGCAGUCGAUCAAAAUCCCGGAGGAAAUCCAGAUCUCGCAGCAAGCGGACUAGGUCUAAAUCCAGAGAUAAGUCCCGAGCUAGGACGCCUAGCCCUAAAGCCAAGGAAAAGAGCAAGACGCCACGGCGGUCCAAGAGUUGGUCCCUGCCGAAGGAUGCGGGGAGAAAGUCGUGGUCCAAGAGUCCUAAGAAUUUUGCAGUUAAACCAGCAUCUGCCGCUGCACUGGGUGAGAACCCGUGGGUGGUGCACCUCCGCAUCGCGGUGUCCACCAGCGGAUUCCUGGAGUCCUGUGUCGGGACUCUGUACAACGACUCAUGGGUGCUCACCGCCGCUAGCUGUGUUAACGACGCCCGUUUCGUCUGGAUCCGAUACGGCGCCGUUGACGUCAUCCGUCCCGAGCUCGUGACGGAGACGUCUGCCGUCUUCGUCCAUCCCGGCUACGACGCCAACACCGGCGAGAACAACGUCGCCCUGGUGCGCAUCAACCGCGUCGUCGAGUCCACCGACAACAUCAAACCCAUUGGUCUGGCAAGCAGCGACUCUGAAGUCCCUUCAUCUGGCAAGGUCUGCGCGUACGGCGGUGUUGAGGAUGUUCCCGGUGAGCAGCUGAUCUGCAAGGAAAUCGAAUUGGAAGCUUCCGAAAUCGGCGCUCUGGUAGCUGACGAACAAACCACCAAGUUCGACCUCGGCGCGGCGGUGGUCGCUGACGGCGCCGUCCACGCCAUCCUGGUUGGUGCUGGAGAACCUAGUGUGUUCCUGCAAACCGCUGUAUACCAGGACUGGAUCGACCAGCAGAUUGAAGCGGACACCGCCGCGGCCGUCAUGGUUGUCGGUGCUUAAAUGUUAAUAAAUAACGUGUAAUUUA